UUUGGGUUUUUGGUGAUCUGAAAGAAGAGAGAAAUGGAGGUGCUGGUCCAAGCAUUGCUUCUUCUCUUCGCGGCGGCGAUCUUCAUCGCUCUCCAAUCCCUUCCGAAGCGAGCCCUCGCCGGACUUCGCCGCCGCUCCCACGCCACCGCCCAGGCCCGCCGCCACUUCCUUCAGGGCGCCGCCCUGCUAUCCAGAGCGCGCGGUGCCUCCUCUCCUCACUCCGUAUCCCUUGCUCGCGCCGCUCUCGCCGAGGCUGACCGCGCUCUCUCGCUCGAUCCCCGUGACGCCGCGUCCCACAUCCUCCGUGCCCUCGCUCUCGACCUCCAAGGCCGCCGCCUCCCCGCUCUCCGCUCCCUUGACCACGCCCUCUCCCCCCCGGCCUCCCGAUCCCUCUCCUCUCGCGAGCGCGCUGACGCCCUAUUCAAGCGCGCUCAGAUCCACCUCGCCCUUAGUCGCCGCCGCCGUGGCGCUGAUCUCGCUGCUGCUGACCUUGCUGAGGUCCUUCGCCUCACACCUGAGAAUGCCAAAGCUUUCAGCUUGCUGGGCGAGUGCUACGAGAUUAAAGGGAUGAAGAAGGAGUCCAAAGAGGCGUUUGAGUCCGCGAUCGGGAUUGAUACGGAGCUAUCUUCCGCUCGCGAGGGCUUGGAGCGGUUGUCCACUUCAAAGGCGUGAUCUUGAUUGAUCGAUUGAGGUUCUAAAUGGGACUUUAAACAAGCUAGACCUACCUAAUUACAAGAUCAGAGCACAAAUACAAGCAGAAAAAAUGAAGUGAAUCUCUAUAAACUUUCACUUUUCUUCUCUGUAUUUUUCUAUCAAACUUCAUUCUCUGAUUAUCUUGUUAUGAAAAUGAAGCCUAUGAAAGUUGAUAAUGUACAUUAUCAUGCAAGUACUCCAAGUUCAGCUUUAAAUAUUAUUGUUUCUUUUUCUUGUAAGUUGUAAGGAAAAAAAGCAAACACAAUGUUUGA